AUAGAUGUAUGGUUAAUCAGUGCAUUCGUGAGAGUAGUGAAGGAAUAGUCAAUCACACUGGUCAUGAUGAGUGUGUUGAGGGAUGUGAAAGAGUUAUUCAAUUUUGCUGAAAUGUUUGAUUGAGAGCAAGUAGACUGUAAAUACAUCACGGUGUUGUUUCAAUACAACGUUUAGACUAUUUUAGAGCGGUGGAAAACCUCUGCGUACAGCGAGAAACAUGUCAGCACACUUUGAAGAGAAAAGUGGUGCUGUUCCCUGCAAAACACCAUGGGGAUCAUGGUACCAAACGAUGGAAGAGGUUUUUGUAGAAGUUGAUGUUCCCAACGGGACGACUGCUAAAGAAGUGAAAUGUUCUCUCGGUAGUAAACAGGUAGAACUGCGCGUCAAAGGACAGGAGGUUUUCAAGGGUAAAUUAUUCAGCACUACUGUGGAAGAUGAAGCAAUGUGGACGUUGGAGGACCGGUGUCUGAUCCGAAUCGUGCUGAUGAAGACGAAUCGAGAAGCUGGAAACUGCUGGACGUCGCUUCUAGAAGGCCAGUAUUGCGCCGACGCGUGGGUCCAGGACCAGAUGCAGAGAAAGCUGACGCUGGAGCGGUUCCAGAGAGAGAAUCCUGGGUUUGACUUCAGUGGUGCAGAAAUAUCUGGAAACUUUGCGGGCGGAGGACCCGACUUCUCCAACCUUCAAAACUGACAAUGAAAUGGAGACUGGUGUUAUCCAUGUUGCCUUUGGAGCACAUCACAGGAAUUGACAAAGGACUUUCAACAAAUCUUCAAGGAUCGUUUGUUGGUAGAGGUCACUGGUGUGACUACAAAAGCUUCAGAUCAUAAAAGAUUCUAAUGGUCAUGUUGACUUGGAAAACACAUUUUUAUUGAGCCACAAGUGUGUUCCGUUUUUUUUUAUUUUUUUUUUUAAGAUUUGUAAUAAAUAGGCUUGAUAAAGAUUGCUGCUUUUCAAUAAAACUUUUAUUGAAAGGUACAGUUGAAACAAGCUUCUAAAUGAUUUGUUUGCAGGCUUUUCCAGCGAUCACUGAAUGAAACUGACAGUCAAAAACAUGCCAUUUCCUUUCAAAAAACCAUUAUUCAUUGGAAAACAGAACUCAGAUUGGUUAAGUCUUCCUUCAGCCAACUACUUUAUUGGUUGUAAGUUGUCCAUCCAUACAUUCUCAAAUCAUAUUGAAUUUCACACGCGCUGUUAGUACCUGUAGCUAACUUAGUAUGUGAUCCAACACGUUAAAAAGAAAUAAAAAAAAGAAAAAAAAAAGUUACAAAACAUGCAUCAUAGCCAACUUCACUCAGAUGGCUAGGCCAAAAAAAAAAAAAAAACCUUCACGUAAGUUUUUUUCCAUUUUAAAUUCACCUUGGGUAGGAGUGUGCAUUAAGACAGUUCAGCAGCCUAGGGUGGAAGUUAAGGGUUUUGGGCCUGAUUUCUUGGUUCCCUGAUGUUUCAACGAUGUUCACAAAACCCUUCUCCCUCCUCUUCCACAUGGUGGACUGAGGACCUAGGCGGUUCCAUACUUUUUAAUUGCUUUAAAACAAAAACCGGCGCCAAUCGCAGAGCGCAGAUUCAGGAGAGAACAUACUGUACAUUAGUGCGGCCAACACUCCAGCUAAGGGAGCGUUGCCUUCCAACCCACUCUAAACUAGAUUAUCACCAGUCAGUGCAGAUCUAAAAUAAAUAAAGAACACUAGAAAGAGAGAGCGAAAAAAAAA